GCCCGCGGUCACUGCGGGUUCACUCGCUGCACGAUGGCGGAGGGAGGCGGACCCGAGUCGGGUAACGCUUCAGACCCUGAUGAGAAGCCGGUGAUUACACAGACACCCGUGCCGUCCACUGAGAACCAAAAGCAGAGCAUAGGGACACUUCUGAAAACGCCGCUUCGGAAGGGAGACGAGUGGUAUUUGAUUGACAGCCGGUGGUUUAAACAGUGGAAGAAAUAUGUGGGCUUUGACAGCUGGGAUAUGUACAAUGUCGGAGAGCACAAUCUGUACCCGGGACCCAUUGACAACUCUGGGCUCUUUUCAGAUAAUGAAUCCCAGACGCUUAAAGAACAUCUUAUAGAUGAGUUAGAUUAUGUGUUGAUGCCUACCGAGGCCUGGAAUAAACUGGUCAGCUGGUAUGGCUGUUUGGAGGGUCAGAAGCCCAUCAUCAGAAAGGUGGUUGAGCAUGGGAUGUUUGUGAAGCAUUGUAAAGUGGAAGUGUAUUUGCUCGAGUUAAACCUGUGUGAAAAUGACAACAUCGAUAAAGUAGUCACCUGCCAUUUCAGCAAAGCGGACACUAUAGAUACCAUUGAAAAAGAGAUGAGGAGGUUAUUCGACAUCCCAUCAGAAAAAGAGACCCGGCUGUGGAAUAAAUAUAUGAGCAACACGUACGAACAACUGAACAAGCUAGACAGCACCGUACAGGACGCAGGACUUUUUCAAGGACAGGUGCUGGUUAUUGAGAAGAAGAACGAGGAUGGAACGUGGCCAAGGCAAAGCCAUUCCAAGUCCAGUACUUCCACCUCUCGAAAUUAUACAACUUCCCCGAAACUCUCCUCCAAUUCGUCUGCCACCGUUUCCUCCCCGAUAACGAAUGGGGAUAGCAAUAGCAACUCUGGUUUCAUGCUGAACAACAGUACAUCUGGUAACAGGUUGGGAAGUUACAACUCGUACAGUUCGUCCUAUAGUUACAGAGAAUCGGCCGCUCAGCCAGGCCUCUGUGGUCUGAGUAACCUGGGCAACACCUGUUUCAUGAACUCUGCUCUCCAGUGCCUGAGCAACACUCCCCCACUGACGGAAUAUUUCCUGGAGGAUCGGUACGAAGCUGAGAUCAACCGGGAAAAUCCGUUAGGGAUGCGAGGGGAGAUCGCAGAGGCGUACGCAGAUCUGGUCAAACAGAUGUGGCUUAGUAGGAGCAGUUACGUGGCUCCCCGCACUUUUAAAACACAGGUGGGUCGGUUUGCCCCGCAGUUCUCAGGGUACCAGCAACAAGAUUCACAAGAGUUGCUGGCCUUUUUGCUGGACGGCCUGCAUGAGGACCUUAACCGUGUUAAGAAGAAGCCUUACCUGGCCCUGAGAGAUGCUGAUGGACGUCCUGAUGAGAUUGUAGCUAAGGAAGCAUGGGCGAACCACAGGUUGCGGAACGACUCCAUAAUCGUAGACAUCUUUCACGGCUUGUUCAAAUCUACUCUGGUUUGCCCAGAGUGCUCCAAAGUUUCUGUUACCUUUGACCCCUUCUGCUACCUCACACUGCCCCUACCCAUGAAAAAAGAUCGCACUAUGGAGGUGUUCUUGGUCCGAAUUGACCCCCAGUCCAGAGCUAUGAAAUACCGUGUCGUGGUUCCAAAAAUGGGUGUAGUGGCAGAUCUUUGCAGCGCUUUGGCCAAAAUAUCUGGAGUUCCUUCUGAGAAUAUGGUUGUAGCAGAUGUUUACAAUCACAGAUUCCAUAAAAUAUACAAACGGGACGAUGGUCUCAAUCACAUCAUGGAGAAGGAUGACAUCUUUGUUUACGAGGUAUUAGAGGAAGACAGCGAGAGGAUGAACCUGCCCGUGUACUUCAGAGAGAGGCAUGCCAAGCACAGUGGAGGCUCCACUGGAACGAUGCUCUUCGGUCAACCUCUCCUCGUCACUGUCACGCGCCACAACCUUACCGUGGAUACGCUCUAUGACCUUGUGCUGGAGAGAAUCGGGCGGUACGUUAAGCGUUCGCAGGGAACCGUUACAGACAGUAGGGCGUCAGCCUCAGCCACCUCUUCUAGCAGUAGCCAAUCACCAGAAUGCGUCGCUUCCGUAUCCAGCACAGCACUGAGCGGCUGCAGCAGCCCGGUCUCAGAUGGAGCUUCCUGCAGCGCUGGAUCCAACGGCAGCCACCAUUCUGGAACCUGCAACGGCCCCAAUGGAGUUUGUGAUGGUGAUGAGGAGGCCAUGGAUCACCAGGAGAGUCCAGAACCGGAGAACAGCCACUCAGACACUGUGGACAGAGAGGAAGACUCAGAACCAGAGAACGGACCCAAUAGCAGCAGUGGGAAAUCGUUCUCCAAGCCUAAACUCUUCUCUUUCAGCAUGGUUAAUUCGUACGGAACAGCCAACAUUAGCUCUUUGCCUUUUGAUGGCAAUCAUCUUAAACUCACAAGUCAUUCUACAGUAGCCAUCGAUUGGGACUCGGACAUCAAGAAAACGUGCUAUGAUGAUGAUGAAGCUGAGGCCUACGACAAACACGAGAGCACGUUGCACACGCAGAAGAAGAAGACUACAGUAGCUUUAAGAGAAUGCAUCGAGCUCUUUACUACAAUGGAGACUUUAGGAGAACACGACCCCUGGUACUGCCCCACAUGUAAGAAACACCAGCAGGCCACUAAGAAGUUUGACCUGUGGUCUCUCCCGCGCAUCCUGGUCGUGCAUCUGAAGCGGUUUUCUUAUAAUCGCUGCUGGAGAGACAAGCUCGACACUGUUGUGGACUUUCCUAUUAGGGACUUGAACAUGUCAGAGUUUGUUUGCGACCCCAAAGCUGACCCAUACGUCUAUGACCUCAUCGCUGUUUCCAACCAUUAUGGAGGAAUGGGUGGUGGCCAUUACACGGCAUAUGGCAAGAACAAAAUGGAUGGAAAAUGGUAUUAUUUUGAUGACAGCAGUGUUUCUGCUGCUACCGAGGAUCAGAUUGUGACUAAAGCAGCUUACGUGCUCUUUUACCAACGCAGAGAAGCGGACACACCAUCCAAAUCUCCCCCCUCUGCAUCACUAGGUGGAGCUCCAGAGACCCUGGAUGACCACAUGGACACCAACUGAGUUUCUUUACUCUUUUAAAAAAAAAAGAACAGGCACUGAAAAAAAACUACAUAAAACCAACAAUGCAUCAACGCACAUCCCUGGCUACUUCAGUGACUAUUAAAGGCUCACGAAAAGGCCCUUUGUUUUAAGCUUUAUUUUAAUUUUCUUUCACACAUGCAUCAGAGCCAAAAAAGGAUAUUAAUAAUAAAUAAAGAGAUUUUUAGUUUGACGCGUGACAUGAAAGACUUUAUUCUUGGACCUUGAUGCCUGCUGAUAAUAGAAGCGAAUUUCUUUUGUUUGAAAUGAGGGUAAAAUGGCAAUAUAACCUCUUUUUUUGGACGACAUGAAUGUUAGUUGAAAUUUUGCAUAGAUCUGAAGAGGGGAACUGCCUAGAAAUAGACCAUGUAUGCAACACUACGCUCAUCUGAAAUGUUUUGCCUUUUCUCACUAAUGUUGGACUCUAGCUUUCAGCAUCUUGUAACGUGCCUCCUGUGAAGAAUAGAUUCUCUGUGAAUUUUUCUAAGCCUGUGGUGAUGAGCACAGAGAUUCUCUUGGGGAAGCUUGUGCUUUAUAUUAAGUAUUGUCUCCAUGUUUUAUCAAUCCCAUCACAAGGCAGUCUGCUGGAUAAAUAUGCCAUAAAAGUGGGUGUUGGCCUGAGAGUUUUUACUCUCAAGGUUGCUCAAACUAGAUGCCACAAAAUGUCAGGUUGACAUUUCGCCCUAAACUUGAGAAAGAGAUAUUUGCUUGCGUUUUGAAGAUAAUAGGAGGAGGACAUUAAAAUAAUGUUCAUGCGUUUACUACCCUGAAAUAAGGGUUUUAAUCUAAAUGGCACUUUUGGAGUAUCCAGUUUCUCAUUGGAUGGUUUGUGCUUUAAUGCAGAAUUUGACAAGUUUCGCAAUGAUUUUUUUCUGACUGGAGACAAGAAAUAUUAAGCCAAAUGUGGUGCUAAAUUUAUGACAGUUGGAACAGGUAAAUGUACACGACAGAGAUUACCAUACGGGUUGGUUUAAUUGGAUAUCACCUUGAUACAGAAAUAGCCAUGUUAUUUCUUGUAAAUGUAUUGGCACAUUAGCCAUCUGGUUGUGGCACAAUGGGUAUAUCAUGGCUUUAGCAAUGUUACAAAUGCAUCAUUCUGCUAAUAGCGUUAUACACAACAUUGUUUUGUCCAUUACUCCAAGCGUAUCUUUUUUGUGGCAAAUGGCAUGCAAUUUUCAUAGUCUGCAGAAUGGUAACUGUGUUAUUAUUCCUGUUGUUUACUUUGGCAUUAGCGGUCAUCGGUAGGUAUAUACACUGUUGUUGUUUAUUUAUGGCAAUGACAAAUUGAUCAUCCAGCUGGUGAAUUAUAAAUCCAGCUUUAAAAUUUAAAGGCAAACUAAGUUCAGAUGCAUUCUAACUACCCCAUUACAGCUGCCUUUCUAAAGAAGUAACACACAUUUAAGUUUUUGUUUGGUUCAUUUUUUUUGCAUAGAUGUACUUGAUCAGUAUCUGGGGCACAGUACUGCUUUGUGUUUUAAUAUUUAUCAUGCCAAGAUGUGCAACACCAGGUUUUGAUUAAGCAUAUUUUAAUUGAAAAUAUAAUAAACAUUUUGAAGUGAU